GUUCAGAAGCGGUCACAUCAAUCUAAAAUGGCGGCCGCUCUUGAGCAGUAUGUUACCACUGUCCAAACCCUUUCAUCUCAAGGCAACUUCACUGCCUUGGUGGAGUUCAUAUCGAAGAACAUGGAAAUGCUUGGAAAGAAUGCACCACAUCUAGAUAAUGUAUUAGCCACUCUGGACUACCAGCAACAUUCUAUUGGUGUGAUGGGAAUCCUUGUGAUGAAGCUAAAUCAGCAAUCUAUUCCCGACUUUGAGACACUUUUUGUACAGAUACAAGAAUUUAUUACAUCUUGCAAUGGCGAACAAGCUAGAUAUGCUUUAGAAAGCUUUGCUGAGUUGUGUCACAAGUUUACUCUUCAAAUUGUAGAAAGGAAGCAGCCUGCAAGAGGUUUGUCCAUUUUAGUGAGAGCAAUUCAAAAGAUCCAGUUACAUCCAGCACAGUUAACCUCAAUCCAUUCAGAUCUUUGCCAGCUUUGCCUGUUGUCAAAAAACUUGAAACCUGCUCUCCAGUUCUUAGAUGUAGACAUAACAGAUAUAAGUCGCGAGGGAGGUCAUUAUGAUGCUAAAGAUUUCCUGCUUUACUUUUACUAUGGAGGAAUGAUUUACACAGCACUAAAGAUCUACACCAGAGCUCUCUAUUUCUUUGAAAUGGCUGUGACAACUCCAAGUAUGGCAGUGAGCCAUAUAAUGAUGGAAGCCUACAAAAAAUUUAUUCUAGUGGCAUUAAUUGUACAGGGGAAGAUUCCGUCUUUGCCAAAGUAUGCUCCGCAGAUUGUAGCCAGGUAUAUUAAACCAUUGUGUCAGGCGUAUCAUGAUUUAGCAAAUGCCUAUGCAACUAAUAAUCCAGCAGAGGUGCGAGCAGCUGUAACAAAACAUAGUGAAACUUUCACACGGGACAAUAACAUGGGUUUAGUCAAGCAGUGUGUUACUUCGAUGUUUAAGAAAAACAUCCAAAGACUGACUAAGACAUUUCUGACAUUGUCGCUGGCUGAUAUGGCCAACAGAGUUCAACUCUCUGGCCCUGUGGAAGCAGAAAAAUAUGUUCUUCACAUGAUCAAUGAUGGAGAAAUUUUUGCCACUAUCAAUCAGAAGGAUGGGAUGGUUCGUUUCCAUGACAACCCAGAGAAGUACAACAGUUCAAGCAUGCUUUUGGAUCUCGACAGGGAGAUGCAGAAGUGCAUCAAAAUGGAUGAAAAAUUGAGAGAAAUGGACAGGGAAAUUGCAGUCAAUCCACAGUAUGUUCAGAAGGUGAGUGGAAUCCAUGAUGAAGAUAUGCCAGCAUCCAGCAGCAGCAAAGGACAGAGUUUCUAAUGCUUCUUUUGCUGUUCUACUGUACCUUUUCUGGAAGAAACUGGAAAAAUUCCACAUCAGAUUGAUGCUGGGACCAGCAUAUACUUCAGUACUCUGAAAGUAGUCCAGAAAUGCUUGUGCUAUGAACAGUUUACCUGUUGUCACAUGAAUAAUGGACUGGCUUCUUACACUGAUUCAAGAAUACAAUAAGUCAGAACUAAUUCACUACCCUGAUGUUUACGACUGCUAUUCUUGCCAUCAGUAGCUAAGAACUUUUAUAAGAAGCUUAUGGAGCAGUGACUUUUGACUUUUUGUUGUUCUCUGGUGAAUAGGCUCAAAUAUAUAAGAUGCUGCAUCAUAUUUUAGGAAGAGAGAGAAAAAAAAAUGUUGCUUCACUUAAAACACGAACUUGUUGCAGCUGUAUUCAGACAUGUAAGGAUGUAUUGUGUAGAUACAUUCUGCUGCUGGGCUGAUAAACUGGAAGGCAGUUGCUUGUUGCAGUUUGUCUUUUGUGUCUGUUCUUCACUGAUAUUUGCUUGCAACAUUGCAUGUGUUUUCUCUUUCAAAUUAUAAUAAAAGUGAAAUUUAAAAGACACUAUUCACACAUCAGUUUUUUGGUUUGAAAUUUAAUUUCUGCAAUUUUCAUAUUCCCUUCUCUGAUAUUAAACUGAUGGUUACUUCA